CCUAAAGCUCCUGACAGCUCUUCAGGUAGGACUGCUCGCAGACUGCCGGAGACCAGGACCGUUUGUGACUGUUGACGUGACUGGAAGAAAGACUUGCAUGGAGGGCAGACAGGCGGCAUGACAGAGGAGAAAUGUCCCCAGCUGGUGGACUACUUUGUAGUGGCAGGUCUCGACCCUGCAGGGCCCUGGAGGCCCUUGGAUGAGGAUGGCAAGACCUUCUCCUCCUCCUCCUCCUCCUCCUCCUCCUCGACGUCCUCCUUGUCUUCGUCGGGCCGGGCAGUGGAGCCGGUGACGGACCUGGCGGUGAUCGCCAAGGGUCUCGGGGAGGAGGUGCCAGAGGGCUUCACCUGCAUCGAGAAGACCCUGGGUGGACACUCGGCCGAGCUGAGCGCCGGCCUCAUCAACAACCCGCACUUGUACCUGUGCUACCGCAGAGGACGGGACAAACCACCCAUUCUGGAUCUGGGGGUUCUGUAUGAGGGGAAGGAGCAGCUGAAGCACGGCUGGUAUGUCAUCGAGACGACGCCAUACAGCCGCUCGGCAAACCUGAGCUCCGGCGGCGCCCCGACGGCUCACCGGGUGUUCCUGAUGUACCGGCGGGCUCUAGACUCACAGGGCCUCCACACGCUGGGCGUCACCGACAUUGCCCUGCUGCUGCCCAGCAAAGGCGAGGUCGCCCCGCACACUUUCUGUCGCGUCGACAAGAACCUCAACACCGGCAUGUGGGGUCCAGCCCUGUACGUGUGCUACAAGAGAGCUGUGGCUAAAGCCAACGCCUUGGUCUACGAAGCCAGUCUGAUCAGCCGGUACCCGGAGGACGACUUGGAGGCAUUUCCUCUGCCGGAGUCGGUGCCGGUCUUCUGUCUCCCGAUGGGCGUCACCGUGGAGAGCUGGCCUCUGAACACAAAGUAUCAGCUGCCCGUCUUCUCCACCUUCGUCCUCACCUCCGCCUGCGGGGACAAGGUGUACGGAGCAGCCAUCCAGUUCUACGAGUCCUUCCCCAGGGAGCUGCUGUCGGAGCGGCAGUGCGUGAGGCUCGGCCUGCUCAGCGUGGUCGACCGGCGGCCGAUCACCAACCGUAGCCUUCAGGUGAAGAAGAGCAUCUGCGUCCUCUCCCACUGGCCCUUCUUCACCGUCUUUCAGAAGUUUCUCACCUUUGUCUACAGAUACUCCAUCUCCGGGCCCCAUGUCCUGCCACUGGAAAAACACAUCUCCAGCUUCAUGCACAACGUCCCGUUUCCUUCCCCCCAGCGGCCUCGCAUCCUGGUUCAGCUCUCUCCAUAUGACAACCUGCUGCUCUGCCAGCCGGUCUCCUCCCCCCUCCCACUCAGUGGUGCAAGCUACCUGAAGCUGCUGCAGAACCUCGGCCCAGAGAAUGCCUGCACGCUGCUGCUCGCCGUCCUCACCGAACACAAGCUGCUGCUGCACUCGCUGCGGCCCGACGUCCUCACCUCCGUCAGCGAGGCCCUCGUCUCGAUGAGCUUCCCCCUGCGCUGGCUCUGUCCCUACAUCCCUCUGUGUCCGCUGCAGAUGGCUGACGUGCUGCUGGCGCCGAUGCCCUUCAUCGUUGGUGUCCACUCCAGCUACUUCGACCUGUAUGACCCCCCCACAGACGUGGUGUGUGUCGACCUGGACACCAACACCAUCUUUCAGUCAGAGGAUAAGAAGCCGUUGUCAUGGCGAUCAUUACCCAGGAAGCACGGCAAGAUUCUGUUCAACACCCUCACCAAUCUCCACAAGACCCUAGAGAAGAUUUGCACGCCCGGCCAGGAGGAGGCGACGCUGGAGUUCCUGCUGACCGACUACGAUCAGAUCUACAGGCGUCAGAAGCAGCUGGAGCUGGAGAUCCAGGAAGUGUUUCUACGCUUCAUGAGCUGCCUGCUGCGAGGAUACCGCACCUUCCUGCUGCCCAUCACACAGGCUCCAUCAGACACAACCACCGAUUGCAGCUCCCUGUUCAACCUGCAGGGUUUCCUGAAGUCUCGGGACCGGACGCAGCAGAAGUUUUAUGGCCAGCUGACGAGGACUCAGAUGUUCACACAGUUUAUCGAGGAGUGUUCCUUCGUCAGCGACCGUCACGCCUGCCUCGAGUUCUUCGACGAGUGCGUCCAGAAGGUUGACGUGGAGAAGCCGGAGGAGGUGAGGCUUAUUGAUCUGGAUGAAACUCACAGUGGCGAACACACGGUCUUCAUCAUGCCUCCUGAGGAACCACAGGAACCUGAUGGGUCAGAGUGUCCCGCCCUCUACAGUUACGAGACCUUCCCCACCCUAAAGCCAGACCUCUUCGACCAGCCACAGGACCAGCUCCGUGUCCCAGCUAAAGGCAGCGCCCCCAGCAGCCCCGCCCCCCGACGCACAAAACAGGAGAUCAAGUUGGCCCAGAAGCGAGCUCAGAAAUACUCUGCAGUCCCGGACAUGUGGUCUAAGUGCCUGCUGGGUCACUGUUACGGCCUCUGGUUCAUCUACCUGCCCACCUUCGUUCGGGCAGAGAGUGCCAAGGUCCGCGCCCUGCACACGGCAUACGACGUCCUCAAACACAUGGAGAACCGCAAGGUGGUGCUGCCGGACGAGGUGUGUUACCGGAUCCUGAUGCAGUUGUGCGGUCUGUACGGUCAGCCGGUCCUCGCUGUUCGAGUCCUGCUGGAGAUGAAAAAGGCGGGAAUCACACCAAACACCAUCACCUAUGGCUACUACAACAAGGCAGUGCUGGAGAGCAAGUGGCCCUCCACCAAUCAGGGUGGGCGUCUUCGCUGGGCCAAGCUGAGGAACGUCCUGUUGGCCGUGGCCCAGUUCAGACAGCCAGUCAAAAGGCGUCAGAAGAGCGGCUCAGUGGGGUCACAGGGAGACGCAAUGGUGGACCCUGAUCAGAGGCUCCGCCCCCAGUCCACUCUGAUUCGUCAGUCCAGUUGGAGCGGUCUGUCUGAAAGCUCCAGUCAUGAGUCGCUGACCGGCCCCCUGUUGAAGAGCAACAGUCUAAACAGCAUGAAAACAACUGACAAGGUCAAACUCUGUAAGAAGACCGUGGUCCAUACCACUGGGACCAACGGCUGCGGUGACGCCAUCUCCCAUAAACCUCCCCUGGGACUAAGAGACACCUCCACCCCUCCUCCGGCGCCACCCGGUGCUGUUCUGGUUCGGCGGAGUCAGGUCUGCCUCUCCAACUUCUACAAAGAGUGUGCCGAGUCGGCCAACUCUGAGCCGGACUGCAGCUGUCAGCCUGCGGAGAGAGAUGGCAGACCUGCGGCAGCACGUGACUCAGCUGGCAGGAACAAGGCUGUAGAUGAGAACUACAACCAUGUAUCUUCCCCGAACCGAGGAGGUCUGGCAGGGAAACUCCAGCAGCUCCUCACCCCAACCAGACACCGAGUGUCUGUGCGACGAGCCGCCAGCGUGGACGACCGACGGCCGGGUGGAGGAGGGGGAGGAGGGAUUGGACGAAGAGUGUCUGAGCAGAGACAGUCCAGGAAAGCUCAGGUGGCAGAGACACUGCUGAAAGCCAAGGACAGGCUGGUCAGCGCUACCUCAGAGAGUUCGUUGUCUGUAGGAAGUGACCUGGACUUGACAGACACGCCCAGUCCAGCGUAUCCUCUGCGCAGGUCCUGGGACGCCAAUCAGGAGGGGGCCGGGCUGGAGGUGUCGAUGUCCAGCUGCUCUCUGUGUCGCAGCUGUAACUCUCUGGUUUAUGAUGAGGAGAUCAUGGCCGGUUGGACGUCAGACGACUCCAACCUGAACUCGUCCUGUCCGUUCUGCUCCGCCUCUUUCGUCCCCUUCCUCAACGCUGAGAUCUGUGACCUCGGACCUGUCAGCAGUGCGGAGCACAGCAACUGGAACGCAGAGGAUGAAGUGGAGAGUGCGGUGAGGCCCCCCAGUGGUCAGGAGGCCUCCCUGCGACACCAGUGUAACGGUCUGAGCGAGGACUCCAGCUCUGAAACCAGCAGCUACUCAGAGAACAGCAGAACCACCACGGGUUCGUCAGUGGGUGGGGCUCCUCAGGUGACGGUGGCUUACCUUAGUCCUCUGGUUCUGAGGAAGGAGCUGGAGAGUCUGCUGGAGAACGAGGGCGAGGCAGUCCUGGCUCAGCCUCAGUUCCUGGACAGCCACUCCAUCAUCUUCUGGAAUCUGGUCUGGUACUUCCAGCGUCUCGGUCUGCCCAGUAACCUGCUCCAGCUGGUCAGAGCCUCAUCACUGGUCAGCCAGUUCACACAGUCGGAGAGCUCAGCAGUGAGGGUGAGGCUCCUCUGGGACACCCUGACUCCCGACACAGACCAGUGGCCCCCCCUCUACAUCCUCUGGAGGAUCCACAGUGGCAUCCCGAUGAGAGGCUACAGCUGGAGGAGACACAACCACCCAUUCACCCUGUCCUUCCUGGAGGAGGUGCUGCGCUGGGUCGGCAUGAAUGAGGUGCACAAAGCCGUCACGCUCUUCUUGGAUACGCUGGCCAAACAGCCAGGGUCGCCCAGAAUACAGAGGAGUUUGUACAGAGAGUUCCUCUUCCUCACUCUGGCAGCUAUGGGCAAAGACCACGUUGCUGCGUUUGAUAAGAAGUACAAGGCGGCGUACUCUCGGCUCAGCAGCACUCUGGGUCGCGAGGAGCUCCGAAAGAAGCGACUUCUGCCUCCCAGCCCCAAAGCCAUCGACUGCAGACGAAGCUUCCACCCGCCUCUCGAAUGCUGAUCCACCCCAGGAACAAAACGUUCAGCCCUUUGAUGGGGAAACGGCAAACCCAGGAUCCCUGCUGCCUUCACCUGCUUGUAUUCUUCACCUCUCUGCUUCCUCCUGGUGGACGUCAGAGUGUCACACUCCUUCCUGUCCUCUGCACCUCUGUUUGCCUUGUUGGUGUGCAACCAGGCGCUCUUUGUCUCCAUUAAAGAUCCUGAAAGUUGAUGCAGCAGCAGACAGGGUGGAACGUGCUCCGCAGCAAUCUAUGCAUCAGUCUGUAACGUGCCGUCGUGCAUCUUCUGCAGGCAAGAAAAUGUUUAGAAAUUCGGGUUUGUGCAUGUCCAGAGGAAUCGGCUGUGUCGGUGUGAACUUAGUUUUUUCCUUGUGGUUAGUACUGGCUGAGAAUCUUCUGAGGACUGAUGGAGGGAAAGUUUUAAUUGCAGAGUUACAGGAUGUCAGAUUUACCUGAUCAAGAAAAAGAUGUUAUCAUCUCUUUGUCUGUGUGUUUGUCUGGUUGCCAGUAUGAUGACAGUGUGGUUAGGUUUUUAAAAGGGAUUAAGGUCAGGAAGGUCACUCAAACUUCUGAAGAGCAAAGUUUUCAUAUAAAACACUGACUUGUUGGACAGUGUUAAAGUCACGUUGGAACUGGAAAGGCUCUGCCUCUCAUUCCUCAAAUCAGGAAAAAAAAAACAAACAAACAGGAAACUGUUCAGGAUAAUCCAGAACUGUAGCUCUCGAAAAGAUUCACUUAAAUUCAGUUAGAUAAUACGUUCACCUUCACAGAGCGACAAAGGUCGGUGAGGUCAGAACUGAAAGGACAUCUAAACAUCCUGAAUAUUUCUUUCGCAUCAUUUUUACAGGCCAGACAGUUUCAUCAGAUCCAGAACUCUGGAUCUCUGUCUGCUGCUCUCACAUUUUUCUGUUGCUGUUCUGACUGACAACUGUUUUCCUGAGUCUGAAUAGUUUUAAUAGUGAAUGAACAAAUACACAUUUAACGUCGUGAACAUGAAGACCUGAGUCAUGUUUAUUCCCCUAAACACUGAUUUUUGUUGUGUCAUCAUCUCAAACCAGACGCUCAGCAGAAAGCCACUCGUUUCUGUCUGUCUGUCUGUCUCUCUGUCUGUCUCUGUCUGUCUGUCUGUCUGUCUGUCUGUCUGACCGACCAGGAGACAUCCAGUGUGUCAGCUGACCCGUGCAGCCCAGCAGCAGCUCCACUAACCAUUUGCUCCAGGGCACAUCGGCAGCAGCUGGUAUCACAGUUGAGGCUGCUUGGAUGUGAACUCGCACGUUUACAUCUGCAUUUUAUUUAUUUCUGAAUUCACUUUUUCAUGUGGAGUUUGGUGAACUGACACAUGCAGUUAUAGGCUGUUGACUCUUGGCGACCUCUGAACUCUGAAGUCGUAUCAUAACUAACAAUAUGGAGGGAAUAAUUUCAUCCUUUUAGAUACAAUAUCUACAAUGUGUCACACAACAAAAUGACAAUAUUAAUGUUUCUGAAACUGGUGAACUGACCAGCAAAGAAAAAGCUGAGAGAGUAUCUUCACAUCAGGCUGAACAUCUGUGUCUGACAGGUGUGGUAACAGAAACCUGAUAAGAGUCGAAAGACAAAAUCUUUUUUUAAAGCGUCAAUGUCAAAAUAAAUGUGAAGAAAUCAAUAGAAAUAAAAUAAAUUAAAAAACACAAAAGCAAUAACGGUUUACAUGAGUAAUAAUUCUGUGUGGUUCUUCACAUGACUCGAAGAGUGAAAUGGAUACAAGAUUUCUGAAAAAAAAACAGCAAAUUAAAUUAAAUUUACAGAACUUACGUUGGUGAAAAUAAAAAGAUUGUGUUAAAGAUGAUAAAAAAUAGUGUCGUAGUUGUGCUAAGACAGAAUUUGAAUCAAAUUUUUGGCUUUUGACAGUGACAACUGGAGUGUUAACUCUGUUUAAUCACCAUCAUUUACUGAUGGCAUUCAGCUCGGACUCGGACUGAUCUCAGAACCCACCAGAGACUCCGGUUCGUUCUGGUGUUUUCCACAAUUUUUUUUUUUUUUUUGCUCUAGUCCCUGUCCACAUGGACACAUCGUCACCUCAAAUCGAACUCUAAAUUAAUUUGCAUUUGCUUUUGGAUAUUUGCAUUUUUCCAUUUAUUUUGUAUGCAAACCAAAAAUGUCUGAAAUUUGCUUUGAGUUCUGUCUCAACACAAUGUAGUGACCACACCCACAGUACAUUUUACAUCAGUGAGACAUUCAGCCACCAGAGAGUCAGAUGAGGAUUAUUAUCAGGUUAUCUGAGCGAACUGCACAGAUGAGAGAAAUCAUUGAUCGACAUCACCUCUGCAAUUGAUCAGUUAAAAUUUACUCCUGAUUUGAACAGAUUUUAUUCUGUAUAUCACAUGGUUCAGUGAUUUAAACCAUAAUAAGAUUAUGAUCUGUGUGCAAACUGAAUUGUCGCAGGUUCGAUCCCUGCUGCAGUAGAAGUGCCCUGGAGCAAAAACGAAAGAAAUAAAAUCUACCUGCAAACUCA